GGUGGACUGGAAUUCGUUAUUCCAGGCCGAGUGUGCGAGAGGAACGCAGGGCCUGGAACAGGAGUGGAAAUAAGUGGCUCGAGGAGGAAGGGCACUCGCUUGGGGUUCAGUGGCACAAGACCUAGAAAGAAAUCUAGCCGAGGCUCGGCUGGCCGCAGUCCAGUUGGUCACAAGGUAACUAAUCAGAACAGAAUCGACAGUGAAUUCUACAGUCUCUCGAUGGAUCCUGUCCGGCCAUUGUUCAGGGGGCCCAGCCCUGUCCAUCCGUCUCAGUGCGUUCGGAUGCCAGGCUGUUGGCCACAAACUCCUAGACCUGUGGACUCAGCCUGGGGUAGGGCAGGACCUGCAGGCAGAGGCCUUGUGUUUAGAAAGCCAGAGGAACCCAGCCCACAAGUCCAGCCAGUACAAAAGGAGUCUGUGGGUUUAGUGUCCAUGUUCCGUGGCAUGGGUCUUGACACAGCCUUCCGGACCCCUUCAAAACGAGAAGUGCCGUCUUUAGGUAGAGGUGUUCUAGGACGAGGCUUGUCUGUUAACAUGAUCCACAAAGACAGAGAAGAGCCCCGGUCCUCUUUGCCUGAUCCUUCGGUGCUGGCAGCUGGGGACAGCAAGUUGGCAGAAGCUUCAGUUGGUUGGAGUAGAAUGCUGGGAAGAGGUAGUUCUGAUGUAUCGCUGUUACCACUGGGAAGAGCAGCCAGCAGUAUAGGCAGAGGAGUGGACAAACCUCCCAGUGCCUUUGGCCUGACUGCUCGGGAUCCCCCACGGCUGCCACAGCCUCCCACUCUGUCUCCAACCUCACUGCACGCUGCAGAUCCCCUUCCAGUCCUGACCAUGGAGCGAAAGGAAAAAGAAGUUUUGGUCAAGCAAGGAUCAAAAGGAACACCUCAGUCUUUGGGACUGAACCUCAUCAAAAUCCAGUGUCAUAAUGAAGCAGUUUAUCAGUAUCAUGUGACUUUCAGCCCUAAUGUGGAGUGCAAAAGCAUGAGGUUUGGCAUGUUGAAGGAUCACCAAGCUGUCACGGGAAGCGUCACUGCUUUUGAUGGGUCUAUUCUCUAUCUUCCUGUUAAGCUUCAACAAGUGGUUGAGUUAAAGAGCCAGAGGAAAACCGACGAUGCCGAGAUCAACAUCAAGAUUCAGCUGACAAAGAUCCUUGAGCCGUGCUCGGACUUGUGCAUUCCCUUCUACAACGUUGUUUUCCGAAGGGUAAUGAAACUUUUGGAUAUGAAGCUUGUGGGUAGGAACUUCUACGACCCUACAAGUGCCAUGGUGCUACAGCAACACAGGUUGCAGAUCUGGCCUGGCUAUGCAGCUAGCAUCCGGAGGACGGAUGGAGGUCUCUUCCUGCUCGCUGAUGUCUCUCAUAAGGUCAUUCGGAAUGACUCUGUGCUGGAUGUCAUGCAUGCUAUCUACCAGCAGAACAAGGAGCAUUUCCAGGACGAGUGCAGCAAGCUUCUGGUUGGUAGCAUUGUCAUCACACGUUACAACAACCGCACCUACCGCAUUGACGAUGUGGACUGGAACAAGACCCCCAAAGACAGCUUUGUGAUGUCUGAUGGGAAGGAGAUCACAUUCCUGGAGUACUACAGCAAAAACUAUGGGAUCACAGUUAAGGAGGAUGACCAGCCACUGCUCAUCCACAGGCCCAGCGAAAGACAGAAUAACCAUGGCACGCUGCUGAAAGGGGAGAUCCUGCUGUUGCCUGAGCUCUCCUUCAUGACGGGGAUUCCUGAGAAGAUGAAGAAGGACUUCAGGGCCAUGAAGGACUUGACUCAGCAGAUUAACCUAAGCCCUAAACAGCACCACAGUGCUUUGGAAUGCCUGCUACAGAGAAUUUCACAAAAUGAUACAGCCAACAACGAGCUGACCCGCUGGGGUCUCAGUCUGCAAAAAGAUGUCCACAAGAUCGAAGGUCGUCUUCUGCCAAUGGAGAGGAUUAACUUAAGGAAUACCUCAUUUGUCACGUCUGAGGACCUGAACUGGGUUAAGGAAGUGACCAGAGAUGCUUCCAUCCUGACCAUUCCCAUGCAUUUCUGGGCACUUUUUUACCCAAAGAGAGCAAUGGACCAAGCCCGAGAACUGGUUAACAUGUUGGAGAAGAUAGCUGGCCCCAUUGGUAUGCGCAUAAGCCCCCCAGCCUGGGUUGAACUGAAGGAUGACCGAAUAGAGACCUAUAUCAGGACUAUUCAGUCCCUUCUGGGAGUUGAGGGGAAGAUACAAAUGGUCGUUUGCAUCAUCAUGGGCACACGUGAUGAUCUCUAUGGAGCCAUCAAGAAGCUGUGCUGUGUGCAGUCCCCAGUGCCCUCACAGGUCAUCAAUGUCCGAACCAUUGGUCAACCCACCAGGCUUCGGAGUGUGGCUCAGAAAAUUUUGCUUCAGAUGAACUGUAAACUGGGUGGUGAGCUUUGGGGAGUGGAUAUCCCAUUGAAACAGUUAAUGGUGAUUGGAAUGGAUGUAUACCAUGACCCCAGCAGAGGCAUGCGCUCUGUGGUUGGCUUUGUUGCCAGCAUAAAUCUCACACUUACCAAAUGGUAUUCGAGGGUGGUGUUCCAGAUGCCACAUCAGGAAAUUGUGGACAGCCUGAAGCUCUGCUUGGUGGGCUCCUUGAAGAAAUACUAUGAGGUGUCAUUUCAGGUGAACCAUUGUCUCCCAGAGAAGAUCGUGGUGUACCGAGAUGGAGUGUCUGAUGGCCAGCUAAAGACAGUUGCCAACUACGAGAUUCCUCAGCUGCAGAAGUGCUUCGAAGCCUUUGAGAACUACCACCCUAAGAUGGUGGUGUUUGUAGUUCAGAAGAAAAUCAGCACCAAUCUGUACCUGGCUGCUCCUGACCACUUUGUGACCCCUUCCCCUGGGACUGUAGUCGACCAUACCAUAACCAGCUGUGAGUGGGUGGAUUUCUACCUUCUUGCCCAUCAUGUUCGGCAAGGCUGUGGCAUACCUACACACUACAUCUGUGUCUUGAACACUGCAAAUCUGAGCCCCGAUCACAUGCAGAGGUUGACUUUCAAACUGUGCCACAUGUACUGGAAUUGGCCUGGUACUAUCCGAGUUCCAGCUCCUUGCAAGUAUGCCCACAAGCUAGCCUUCCUGUCUGGACAGAUUUUGCAUCACGAACCAGCCAUCCAGCUGUGUGAGAACCUGUUCUUCCUGUAACUGGCAGUGUGGACACUGGCUACAAGGAGUAACUGGACUGUAGCUCCGCCCAUUCUCACAGAAUCAGCAGAAACGGCCUUGGGAUUCUAUGUUGGCAUUUUCUCUUUCUCCAUCCUUGUAGAAUUAGAUUUCUGUUCUUCCUUUAACCCUGAUAUUAUAGUAGAGUGUGGUGGGGCAUGUCUGUUACCCCAGCACUCAGGAGAUUGAAGUAGAAGGAUCUUUAGUUCAAGGGCAACCUGGACUACAUGGUGAGUUCCAGGCUAGUCAAGGCUACAGAGUGAGACCCUGUCUCAAAAAACAAAAACAAACCCCCAUCCCCCCAAAGCCCACAACAAAACCAAACCCUGAUGUCAAGGAAGCAAGUUUCUAAGUACCAGCUACAAGCGCCUCGCUGCCUUUGUAGAGCACAGUGGUGUCAGGAACUUCUAGGGGGCUGGGGCAGUGAUAAAGCAUUUUCUUAGCAUGUAAAAUCCUGAGUCCAGUUCUCAGCAAUCCUCCUGCCAAGUAAGUAAAGACAGAAACACUAGUCCCCAAGGCAGCAUGAGCAUCAGUUAUACCUGGAGGUCAUGCCUACAGGACCAUUCUAUUUCUGGUGCCAGAAGUGAUAUGAAUGAAGUCAUUGCAGACAUCUAAAUAAGAGAAUUACUUUAUUUGGACAACUGAGAGGGCUAUAGAAAGGCCUGUGCAGCAUAAUGUUUCAGAGAGCACAGAUUUAUACAUGUGUGAAAGACAUGUAGUUAAACCAGCUUAAGGCAUAGUCAAGCCCUUGAACCCACUUGUCCCAGGGAAGUAAGUGCAGCUAUUCUGGCUUCCUUGGAAUCUGGCUGAAGCUGCUUUUUUGAACUUUUCAGCCCCUGACAGUUGGAUGCAUGCACACACAUACACCUUUGCUCUUUGUGGCUGAUCACCAGUAAAUUUGAUCAGAAUACAUGGCAAGAAUUCAGCAGAGCUAGGAACAUUCUGGAUGUAGUGUAGGUUUUUUUCUGCAAAUGUCUAUAAAUGAGAUUUUGCAAGAGUUUCUUCCAGCUGUGGGCUGACGUUGCAUGGAAUUUUUCAAAAUCCAGGUUCAGGCUUCCCAAAAUUGGCUUGGGCAAAAGUGAUGCUGUCACUUGAGUGAGACAUGUAGGAAGUUGUCACCAGUCCUGUGGGCUUCAGUGUUUUGGGGAAUUUUGGUUUUCUGUGUGGUUUUCUUCUCUCUCUUUUUUUUCUCCUUCUGUUUCAGAAUCUUCAAAUUUCUUCAGGUUUAAGUGGAUCAUCCCUUUCCUGGGUUUUAAAAUCUAAUUUUACCUAACCUUUUCAAAUUUGUAUGUAUCUAUGUAUGUUUUGGUAUGAUGGCUAGAUGGUGGGGACUGAGCAGAAAUACUCAUUUUAAAUGCCAGUGUGUGAGAAGAGCUUCAUCAUGAGACAGUGAGGAGAAACUGGGGCUGCAGUAGACAGUGUUAGCAUGCUCUCCAAGCACGUGCCAGGUUCUGGAUUUAAAGAAGACUUUAGUUUGUUGCAGCACCCUGAGGCUAGGGAGGGAUGAGUGUUGGGGUCUUCAAAUGCACCCCUGGUUUUAUUUGGAGUCUAUGACCAAGGCUAGACUGAGACCUGAAAUGCAAAAGCCACAGAAUUAAACAGAACAGACUGAAAACUGGGUCUUUAGCUGAACAGAUUCCGCUUUCUGACUUCUUUGGAAGUAGUUUGAGUUUGUCCUUAGAAGGUGCUGCCCCCAGCACUGCUUUUCCCUUUCAGUAGAGCAGAUACUUAAUGGUAACGCCAGAAUGUCGACUUUCUGUACCUGAUGUUCUUGCCCUGUUUUUCAGUUUCAGUGCCAAGCAACGAGCCCAGUGGUGUAAAAUAAAAACAAUCUCUGUGUGUA